GUCACGAGAUUCAUGCGAUAAGGAACAGGAUGCCACAAAAAGUAUAAAUGCCAAUGGUGGUCGAGGUGAAUAUUCGUCAGUCCGCAACUGUUACAAUCCAAGAUGAAGUUCAUCGUUCUUGCCGCCCUUUUCGCCUGCGCUAUGGCUAUGCCACAGCGCAUGAUUCUGCCCCGCUUGCCGGCUUCGGUCAUCAUGAAGGGAAAAUACCAGCUGAUCCCAUCCAACAAGAUUGUUGGAGGAACAGUUGUUGAGCCCAACUCUCUUCCCUUCCAGAUUUCUCUGCAGCGUCGUGGUGCCACUGGUUCCUACUCCCAAUCUUGCGGUGGAUCCAUCCUCGAUGCCAGCGUUAUGAUCGAUGCUGCCCACUGCGUCCGAGGAGUUGAUGCUACCAUCUUCCGUGUCGUCGCCGGUGAACACAGCCUCCGUACCGAUAGCGGUCUUGAACAGAACCGUGAUGUCGUCAGCUUCACCAUGCACGAGAACUACAGACCAUUGACCUUCGAAAACGACAUCUCCCUGCUCUUCUUGGAUGCUCCAUUGGACUUGAGCGUUCCCUCUGCCCAGCCCAUUGCCCUGCCACCCCCAACAUCCGAGUUGGACCCACCUGCGGGAACCAUCGUCACCGUUUCCGGAUGGGGAACCACUAGCUCCGGCGGUGUCAUCUCCGACACACUCCGCAGCGUCGAUGUCCCAGUCGUUGAUGAUGACACCUGCAACCGUGCCUAUGGUGGAACUACUGCCAACCCAGAAGUCUACCCAUCCAUGUUGUGCGCUGGUGACAUCAGCAACGGUGGCAUUGACUCUUGCCAGGGUGACUCUGGCGGCCCUCUCUUCACCGGCACUGGUGCUACUGCCGUCCAACACGGCAUUGUCUCCUGGGGUCAGGGAUGCGCUUUGGCUGGUUACCCUGGUGUCUACACUCAGGUGUCCUUCUUCUUGGACUGGAUCGCCGCCAACCGAGGUUAAACGUUAUUAAUGUACCGUGCACAAACUUUUCCUAUUCCCAUCCCCAUAAAGCAUUUGUAAUGCGCCAUCCUAUGCCAAUGUCAUCUUUAAUACUUUGUUCGCAUCCGUACACUGGCAUCAAGUACUAAGCACAAAUAAACUGCAUAGGGACGCAAA